UACGUUACGGCUGUCGUUGCUCCGUUGCUGAAGAAUAUUUUAGUCAGACAUUCUACAAACGAAAUAUGUUUUCUGAUUGUUGAUUUGUCGUCGUUCAUAUCCACUUAUGUGUUCUUAGAGUGGUAUAGCAAAAACACUACUUACAAGUACUGGCAAGUCCUUUUUGGCCAAGGUGAAUUUAUUAUUUUACAAAAGGAAACAUGGCUAAGUACCUUGAUGAGUGUAAAUACUGGAUCAGUUGUAUUCAAACCUUAAAAUUAGAAGACAUUGAUACAACGAACUUUAGAAAUCUUAAACAAAAUGCUGAAAGUAACAAGUACCUGUUCAAAGUUCUUUUGCAUCUGUCGCACUGUGCAGACAAGUGCUACAAGGAAAAACUUUCUAGAGAAACACAUGUGUUCAAAAUUGCUGCUGCUGUCUGUGAAAAUCUGACAAGUAUACCAGAUCUGGAAAAAUACUACAGUGCAUUGUAUUAUGUUGUUUUCUACCUUUUGCUAAAACCAUGUUUCAAGGAAGCCAAGCUUAUAACAAAAUUCUUGCUUCAUGAAAAAUUUCUGAAUGCCAAUGAGACUGAAAAUUAUUCAAAGUACCUCCGGUUAGCAGGAUUAUGGCAAACAGCGUUGUUUAAAAAACUUGAUACUUGGUCAUCUAAAACUGUAGCCGAAAGAAUCGAAAUUAAUGAAGAAUUCAUUAAUUACGUCAAUUUUCAUUUGAGCAUCUUGAAUAAUUGUAAUGAUAAGGAUCUAUAUAUUUUAUCUAUUGCAGAUAUGUAUGUGAAAAAAUUGAGUAAAAUACCAUUAGAUACUGCUUUCCCAUGUUUAGAAAAAAUAUUUAAGACUUUGUCAAAUUAUAUUAGUGGUUUGACAAAAAUUCCAGUAAUGAAUGUUUAUAACAAACUGAUUGUCAGUAUUGGUUGUGCCUUUGCUCAAAGAAGUGAUGCAAAAAAUAAUUCGAAUAUUUUUAAUUACUUCGUGGAGUGUGAUAAAUAUUUUGUCAAAUUUUUUGCUAGUGAUUCUCAAUGCAGUGAUUGUUACAAACUUUUUAGAGUAUAUUUUAUACAUCUUUUUGAAACGAACUUCAUGUCUAAAGAAAUUAAUAAGGCAUCUUUUGAAAAAAUUGCCACUAUUUUAGAAGUGUUGUUAAAAAAAUACAGUGCCAAAAACACUUCUUUGAUACAAACUAUCUCGGCAAUAGCUAUGAGUUUCGAAACUUUAUUCAAUAAUUGGGAACAACUAGUUUCAUUACAAUUAGCAAACACAACGAUUACUUAUGAUGAUAUCGUAAAAAUGGGCGGUUUUGUCAAAACUGUUCAUAAUAUUUUACUACAUCGCAAGCAUUCGAAUAACGUUUGUAAGCAGUGCUCAGAGCCGGAUAAGUGUCUAGUCAAAACAGAUAUUUAUCAAGCAUCCGUGAUCACAGCAACAUACAUUAAAGUUUUAACAAAAGCUAAUCAAGAGACUCUUAACGAAAAAAUGUUUGCAAUAACUAAAGAACUUUUAGAGUUUUUGGUAUCAGCUGUGAAUAAAUUACAAGACUUUGGUUGCAAGUACUCAUCGUUGCUGUGGGAAACUUGUGGGAGACUAAUUUUUAAUAUUGGACUGAUUAGUGAAAAUAAAUAUGCUGGACAGCUUGAGGGAUUAUAUGAAACUCUAUGCAAACAAAUAGUUCAUUAUGAUGGCUUACAAGCAACAGUCAGUAGUUUUGGAUUGGAAAAUCCCGUUGGUACAUCUUUACAUCGUUUGUGUAAUAUAUAUUUCAAUCAAGAAAACUACCGACAGGCCAUGACUUUUGCAGCUUACAAUGCUCUUCUAAGUAACUUUAAAGGAAGAAAAAAGAAAGCUUGUGAUAUGUGGGCAAACAUCAAACUCAGAACUAAAGAUUCAAAAGAAUUUGAAAACCUUACCAUGUCAGAAUGCUUGAGAACAGACGUCGAUGUGAUCAAGAAAUUUGGUAUUAGUAUAAAUUUAGAUGACUACGAUUUAAAUGAUUUGUGCCUUAAAGAGCUUGGAUCUCUAUUUUUGAUAAAGAGCGAUAUUCUAAGCACGAUGAAACGAACUUUGAAUGAAUUGGAAUCGAAAAAAAGCGUCAUAGAAUUUGCUCAAGGAACUUUGUUGCUUUGCUUUCAUGCCUUACAAUUAAGUUCUAGAAAAAGUAUUUCGAAUUAUAUCUCGAAAGCAAUAGAAAAGUUGAAAAAGUGCAAGAAAUUAACAAGUAGCAAUCAAUGUCUACUGGCGAAUCUUAGUUUUUUUAGUAUAAUUGAAAAAUUGUUUGUGAGAGGUAAAGUCAUUGGUAAGCAGAUGGAAGAUGCGAACUUCACGAUAAAAGCUUUCAAAACUCUCAAGGGCAACAAAGCCAAUACAGACGUUGGGGAAGAAAACGAAAUCAUCGUACCGACUUUUGGUGGAAUCAGCAUAGAAGAGGACAACAAGCUUUCCAACGAGCUGCGUGACGUUCUGAAUUUAUGGGAAAGUUGUAUGCUGAAUGAUAUGUCAGCAACAACCACAGGUUGGGAACCGAAAUACACCUUAGAAACGAUUAUAUUUUGUGGAGAAUACUGUAGACUAUUUAAAUUUGGUGCUAUUGAAGAAAGGUCUUUGAGAUUAGCUCAUAAAUUGGCAACAGCUAUCCAAGACUUUACAUCUUGUAUAUAUGUAACAAGUAGAAGUUUUUCUAUAAAAUUUAUUAGUGAUAUAUGGCUUAACAGUGCGAAACAAUAUGCUGAUAAUAUAAUGAGCUCCGAAAAAUCCACUGAUCAUGACGUUGUUUCUUUGUUUUGGUUGAGUUUAGCGGAUUUGUAUUUAGAUUGUAAAAAGGUCGAAGAAGCCAAGGUACUGAUAGAUAAAGUGAAAUCAAUUCCUAAUUUUAGUUUACUUAGCAAUGCUAAGCUGUAUAUUUACCUAGCAGACAUACAACUUCGCAAUUACUUUACACUUAACUUGGAACCUAGUCAAGAAACUUAUAGUCAGCUUAUUGUUGAGAUUCACUACUUACUGAUAAACUUGUAUGAAAUAGUGUCAGAAAGUGUAAUCCGAUUUUGGAACAUCAAGUAUCACUUAUUUGCGUGUGAAAUGAUGUUUGAAGUCUUGAACAAUGUACUCAUUCCAAUGAAUUGUCUAAUAUCCUACCGCGACACAUCACUUCAUCUCUCGAUGGCGCUGAAGCUCGCGCAAAAGUUAGGCAUCAGUCAAAGGAUAGCCGAGAUUCUCAAGUACCUUUGUUACAUUGAUCUCCUGCGCUCUCAGAUUGACAGUUGCGAAACUCAUCUGCAGGAUCUCGAGCACAUACUCUGUCUGGACAACUUUCAAGCCUCGAUGAAGACAAAGUUGCAGCCGAAAUCCUCGACAACAUCAGAUCAGUUAACGUCUACGGUUGCGGUGCGAGAUGCUGCGGUAAUCACACCAGUUAGUCUCUCAAAGAACUGUGCUUCGCCAGAGCUCAAAAAAAAACUCUUUGUACCACCAUUGUAUUUAGAGCACUCUUCUUUCUGCCAGUGCUUUUUCUGCAAUAAUGUACAUUACCAGCAAUUGGUCUUUUCGUGUAGCCACAUACAAGCUCAGCUCUUCUGCCUGCUAAAGUAUGUCAAAGAAGCCGAGCGCUACUUCUACGGUGCGUGCAAAAUUAAGUUGAAAAUUGACGAACGAGAUGCGAAAGAAUCGCGACAGUAUCGGGAGUAUCAGUGGAAACGCCCACAAAAAUAUACCGUCGAUUAUUUGCUGUACCUGAUGGAUUUCAGCCUGUUUAUCGUUGAAUUCAAGCCCGACCAGAAGAAGGAUGCCUUGGAAUUGUUUGACGAGAUCAAAAAUAUCGCCGCCAAUAACGAUCUGAGCAAGCAUUGUGUUACCUAUUAUGCAACCGACCUUUAUGCUCAAUAUUAUAUUAGCGAUGAUAUGCACACGAAGCUAAACAUCUAUGUGUCGCAGAACAUAACGAUCGACGUAACGAAGCAAGAGCUUCCAAACUGCAUAACACCCAAAGUGCAGAUCGAAAAAACAACACGCAACUUGCGGCGUCGAAAGUCUCCACAGCCAAUCGCGUUACCCAUCAUAACGAUCUCUGAUCGAAGCGACGUUGAGAGCGAUUGCGGCAACUCUCCGGUGCCUAGCGCAUCCAAAUCUAGCAGCGACACAGAACCCGAAAACAAACCAAAAAGAAGAAGCGCACGUAAUGUACGAAGAAAAAUCUUAACAGACUAGCAGCCCCCCGUCUCGGCUUCGCCCGAGACUUACUAAGUAAAACACAGUAGUGUGUUGAAUCCAUAUAGUUUAUUUGGUUAAAUAAUGA